AGCAAAGUAAAAUGAGAACUAUCAUACUCUCCAUCUUUUUGGUAACUGUACUGACACUGACUUUACAAAGUAUUGCUUCUGCUGAAAAAACUGAAGACAAUAAUGAAUCAACAGGAAAAGAAUUAGCUACUGCAAUUAAGCGAUCAGCUGUUGGUAGAAUGAAAGAAAAGAAUGGUGGAAUGAUGAUGAACAUGUCAGCUGAAGUUGGACAUAAUAAUAAUAAUAAUAGUAAAGACAAAGAUAAUGCAUUGGAUAAUAUGAUGAAGAUAUUCAUGAUGUGUAAAGCUUUUAUUGAAACAGUACUCAUGUUCGUUGAUCCUAUUUUUAAAGCUAAGAAUUAUGGACUUUCUGUGAUAAUGACCUUGAUAUCCGUUGGACAGUUUAUAAUGAGCUUGAAUGACAAAUUUAGUAAAGAAAAGAAAAAGCAAUCAUGGGAAGUGGAAAAUACUGUAAUGGAUAGGAUCGGAAUGCCUUACGGCACAGCAUAUAGUACAGGAUAUAGGCCAACUUACUUGGCACCCUAUCCUACUUACAUGCAUAAGUACAGGAUGCCAAUGACUUCAUAAAUAUUUUCUGAGCAUUCAAUUGACCAAAGAUUUCAUAUUUAUAAUUAGUUUUCAAUUUUAGCAUCUUGAGAUGUAUUGUGAUAUUAACGCCGACAAUUUUACUUAAUCUAGCUUCAUAAUUACUUGCUCUAAGGUAUUUUAUUAUGUGGCUAAUUGAGUGCAAAAUAAGAGACAAAGAUUGAUAAAUUAGUUUUAAAACUUUACUCUAUGGUCUAAAGACUUUUUUCAUUGGAUAUUGUCAAUAAUGUUUUUAUUACUGGCCUGAUUUUGCCAUAUUUAUAUUAUUUAAUAUAUGUUUGUAAUCGGAUAUUAAUUAAUUGUCUAAUCUGCUUGUGGGCCUUUUUCUACCUCAAUUAUUAUGGGGACCAUAAUAAAUAUACAUUGUCUAUAUUAAUACAGGAAAAUUUAAAUAUUUCUACUAUAUUUGUGUAAUAAAUGAUAUUGACAAAAGAUAAAAUAAAUAUAACAGAUUCACUAUUUUUCUUUGAAGCUUCCAAGUGCUUUAGCGCCCUUCCGAUUCUUAAAGCCUUAAUUUGUUAACUAGAAUAUAUCUAUUUAGCAAAGUUCUUGAUUAUACUCCUAUAAUCAGGUCAAUAAAAAUAUAA